AUGACCUCGCCUACCAUCAACAAGGAGGAUUUUGUGUCGCCGAUCCACAACUUGAAGCGCGUGCAGUCACUUCAGUCGCGCGAGCCAAGCAUCGUCGUUGACCGGCCUUUGCAGCGUAAAGAUGGCUACCUCGGCCGCUGGACCCUCCCGCGCGUGCUUUCUGUCGCCUUCGGCAUCCUUCAACUUAUCAAUGCGGUACAUACCCUCCAACUCGUCUUCACAAUUGCGGCAAUGCAUGGAAAACCAGAAGACGACGCCAAAUACUAUAGCACCAAAACGAAACUCCGCGAAAUUUCGCUCUGGGUCACUGUGACUCCUAUCCUCUUCACCACCAUCAUGGGACGCUUUUUCUCCAAAUUCGCUCUUUACCGGGCCCAGACCGGAAUCACUAUCGGGACUUUGGAACGCUUCGUUGGAUGCCAAUCCAUCUACACUGCUAUUCGAACCCAAGUCACCAUGCGUCCCUUCACCAUCACCAGCCUAGGAAUGAUCCUUCUUUGGCUGCUUCCUCCCUUCGCCAGCCAGGCUGUCCUGCAUCUUGGCGAAUUCUCGGAUACAUACAACACGACGGAGGGAACAGUCAAGUAUCUGCCCUUGAUCCAGGCCGCGCAGGACACGGUAAAGGCCUCGGAAGACGUCUCGAUGCCGCUCUCAAGACUGCUGCUUUCAAGCGCAGUCUUUUUCCAGAUUUCACUCUUGAUGCAAUCCAAAGUCAGCUCCCCACGGGACUUCAAAGACUACGUAAAGAUACCCUCGGUCCAUUCGUUGAUGCCGGGCAACGGAAGCUGGAAUCCCGCCGAAUGGAGGCAGCUCGAUGCCAGUCGGCCUACUACGUACUCUUCGUUGAUGGGGAUUCCCAUUGCGGGCUUGAGUCAGGAUCUGAAUACGGAAACGACAUUUCAGCUUCCGUCUCGGCACUGGGCCGUCAACUGUUCACACAUUGACUCGUCGAUGCUGGAUCAGAACGACUUCAACCAUGACUAUGCUUGGACUCACCAGGCAUUCGUCAUGGACCUGGCGGUCCCGAACAACAUGACAGCGUCGCAGUCAUCCUGGCCCAUGCGGCUCGUUUCAAUGAAGGGAAAUCCACAGUGGGAUGCCUUCGCAGACCAAGUGUCGGAUGCCCAGAGCGAACCUGCCCCUUUGCCAAAGGUCCCCGUCAACCUGGCAUACUGCUCCAUCGGCGCUCAGAACGUCGUGUCCAACGUCAGCUGCUCUCAAACAUCCUGCGAGGUCAACUCGAUGCUCCUCUUGAACGAGGUACAAAGCGCAGACACAUCCGUACCAUAUCUCUCCUCGAUCAACGUCGAAGACCAGAGCUGGGGCUGCAACUCAAGGAGCUGCAACGGCCCGCUGAACCAAUGGAAAGACGUCUGGAACCCAGGCCUCUGGGACUCAGACUCGCAAGACGGUCUCUCAGAGGGCGAUCCCAACCACGACCUCGCGACGGGCGGAACGCCCGUGCAGGGCCUCCGCAUGGUCCUCCAAACCCUCUCCCGCGCGUCAGUCAGCCAAGAAGAGCGCUUCACGUACCUCGAAUCCAAGAACAUCCCCGCCGCCUACGCGCGCUACACGGACGGCAUCGGCGCCACCAACGCGGAGCUCUGGCUCAACGGCACCAACGACGGGUACGUGUCGAGCCAGUACUACCCGUGGCCCGACUACUCAUCCGUCCCGAUCGCCGACUUCUCCGCCCGCCUCGAGACCCUCAUCAACACGUGGUGGCAGUCGUUCUACAUGCCGCCCUACCUGCAAGCCGACCUGCUGCACGACCGGCCGGCCCCGCCCGCCUUCGACGCCGCGAACCGGCUCGUCUUCAAGCAAGGCGACACCUCCUCCACGCCCUUCAACGACACGGCCGCCCGCGUCACCCGGCCCGGCCGCCGCGUGUACCGGUGCAGGUGGCCGCACAUGUUCGUCGCCAUGAUCACGUCCGUCGUCAUGGUCGUCGCCGGCGGCGUGACGGUCGUGCUCGAGUUCGUCGUCGUCGCGCCGGACGUCUUCGGCUUCGCGUCGACGUACACCCGCGACAACGUGCACCUGCCUGGGCACGCCGAGGGCUCGUACAAGAGCGGCGUCCAGAGGGCCAGCGCGAUGCGGGAUGUCAGGGUCAGGAUUGGCGAUGUGAGCGCGCGCGAGGUGGUCGGGCACAUCUCGCUGACGACGGAUCUGGGUCCGACGACGGUUUUGCGCAAGGAUAGGCAGUACGACUAG